AUGUCGCAGGUCUUGCAGCCGGCUGAUGAGGUUGGCAGACUGAUCAACCUCAUACCCGUUGGCCUGAGGGAAGCGGCGCUCGAUUCUCCCACUGCUCGAGCGACCGCCGUGCACUAUGGAGAACAAGUUGAAUUGCUCGAAAAGUGGCUGGAGGACUACGUGAAGGCUACCAAUCGACUUGUUGCCGAGUCUGUGACCCUGGAGAAUGUCGUGGACAGCUUCAUCUCUCACUCGAUCCUACCCACCACCGUUUCGGAAUCCAUGUUGGACCACGACUACGUGACACUGGCCAUGAAGAGAUAUGGAGACGGAGUCAAAGAUUACUGGAUGAGCAUGAUAGCAGUGGUGAAAAGGUUGACAGUCAUGGUUGUCGAACCCAUCAAAAACUUCCUACACAAUGAUCUCCGGGCUUUCAAGGAGGCUCGUCGGGCUGUGGAAGCGUCUCAAAAGACCUUCGACCAUCUCCAAUCCAAAUAUGCCGGUCUUGGGAAAAGCAAGGAAGCGUCGUCUUUGAGGGAGGACGCUUUCCAACUACAUGAAGCCCGAAAGAUCUACAUAAAGGCGAUGACGGACUUUUUCAGUUUGACACCACAGUUUCGCUUCGCUUUGGACCGACUACUGGUCAAAAUAUUCCUGGAUCAAUGGCGUGAGUUGAAAGUCUCCCGGGACAAUACAUCCGCAACGUUUCAACGAAACUCGGACGAAAUGCAGAGAAUAAAGGGGUGGAUGAAUGAGAUGGAGGCAAGUGAGAGAGUAUUUCGAAAAGAGCUCUUAGCGGCAAAGAAGCACCUGGAAGAGGCCGCGGAGUUGACUACUCGACCAUCGCGAGAACUCGAAGACUACAGCAUGUCUACGGUCCCUCAAUUUCCAAGUCAUGCUCACACUGCAAGUGUAUCUACCUUGCAGCCGCAGCAGUCACCCAAGAAGGCCACUCCGCAGACUGGGGAGAAACAAGGUUGGCUGUUCUUACGCACAUACAGUGGCAAACCAACAAGAACGGUUUGGGUGAAGAGAUGGGCAUUCAUCCGCCAUGGCGUCUUCGGCUGGCUACUACAGGGUACCAGAGCAGGAGUCGAAGAGAGCGAGCGGAUCGGCGUUCUACUCUGCAAUGUCCGUCCUGCACCAGCAGAAGAACGUCGGUUUUGCUUCGAACUCAAGACCAAUAAGAACACCAUCCUUCUACAGGCUGAAACCCAAUCGGAACUCGUUGACUGGAUUGGUGCCUUUGAGACCGCGAAAUCGAAAGCUCUGGAUGAUGCAGAUGCCUCAAGAAACAUCGCCGGAACUGGAAACAUUCAAAGCGGCGCGGCCUUUACCAUAUCAACACCCCCGGUACCCGAGUUUGGGGCCUUGGUACUAGCUUCAACAGAACCUGGUGCCCCCGGCGACGAGAUUGGUGCUCUUGAAAAGUCCAACGCUCUGUCCGUUCCAGGCGCAGAGCAUCUUCGGGAGAGCAGCAUCGAUUUGCCUAGGAAGUCAACUACUUUGGAUGAGGGCGGCCACCGCGAGGCUGCAUCUCGCAUCAUCUCCCGACUGGACUUGCACCGCAAAAGUGCCGCCUCGCCGCAAUUUUCUCCCAGCCCAUCGACACCUACUCUUCCCGGUAGCGGUGGCAUUGCAAGCCUGAUCGCAGCCAGUCAUGGAUCGCUGCCUGUCGGCCCAGGCUUACCAAUGGUGCAAAACAUUGAGGGCGAUGCCGCAAAGUCACGCAGCACAUUUACGCUCGCGCUCCGUGAUAUGCCUCCUAGCACUCUUUCUCCCUCUACCCUGGCUUCGGUGCCGUCCCCAACCAAUCUGAGCAAGUCAGCAGUCAUCCUGACCGGGGAACGGGGACUAAGCCCUGCGCCCGACAAGACCGGAAUUCCAACGAGCUUCCUGGCGAAUAUCUGGGGCACUUCUAACACUACUGCGGUCAACCGGUCGGAACGUGUCGAACCAAGAAUCACACCCGGGGCAAAGCUGGGUGCGCAGCCAAGUCCUAUAGUGAAGCCUUCUUCUUCGCCGCCGAAACCGUCUACCUCACCAUCACGCUCCGGUACCACUCCCCAUUAUUCGAUCUCUCACCUUGACUUGGGCGUUGCCCCAUCUGGUGCACGGAGCCGCACCCCGUCGCCGACCAAGAGCGGCCACAGGAACACAAUCAGUGUCGAUCGCGAUACAUUCAAGCAGUUCAGAAGUGAGCUGCUCGUGCCCGAGUUUCCCAACUACUAUCCUCUUCAGCUGAAAUCCCAGGAUGCACAGUUCAGACUUUUGUUUCCCAAUGUUCGGCACGAUGAGCGCCUUGUCAUGGUCUUCCGAGGAACCUGGAAUCCAAGCGACCAGCAGGAGUUUCCCGGCCGCGUCUAUGUGACUUCGAGAGACAUAUAUUUCUACAGCAAUCAUCUGGGACUGGUGCUCACAACAAGCGUCCCUCUUGCCUCGAUAGACGAGGCCACCGCAGCACCUGGUCGGGAUUGCGACUUUAUCUUUCUGCAUCUUAAAGACCUUGGAAGCGAUGGAGCUGCCCGGAGAAUCACAAUCAAAACCUUUCUGGAUCCACUUCGACUUUUACAGCGGCGCUUGAACUUUUUGAUCCGAAACAGCGACUCUGACGAACCUGCGGGAUUAGAAGAGGUCAUCAAAACACUGCUCAAGAUGGAGACCGAUUCUGGAGACCGAAGUCCAAGCCUCGAGAGCUGGGAGGAUGUCUCGCCAAAUACGCCGGUGGAUACGGGCGGUCCCAAAUAUCGUGGGAGAGCGUCGACGGUCGGGACCGAAUUGAAGGGCCCUUUGCGAGUUGAUCGAGCGCUCCAUCCGACGCCAUUGAGUCGAAGAGAGUCCAAGUUCAGACUGCCGGCGCAUCCGGUGAAGUAUGUCCCCCCUGGCAACCUCCACCUCGCGGUCGAAAGAGAAUUCGACAUCAGUGCCAAGGCGUUGUUUCAUGUCAUGUUUGGAGACAAGAGUGCGCUCUGGCAGUUGCUCCAACAUGAACGUCGAGCCAAAAACCUCGGUCAAGGACCGUGGCUGAGCUUGGCAGAAGGCCGGUUGCGACGAGAAUUGGUCUUUGACAUUCCUGUUCCGACCAUGCUUGGUCAAGAGACAUACACCCAGGUUCGAGAUUAUCAAGUUGUGGACGUGACCAACGAGCAUUUAUGCUACGUGGUCACGGACAAACGGACCCCGUGGCACCUCCCUUUCCGAGACCGACAACGACUGGUGAGCAAGAUCGUUAUCACACAUGUGGCCAAAGCCAAAUGCAAGCUCGCCGUGUUCAUCAAGGUGGAAUGGUCAAGCCCCCCGUGGAUGCUUGGUGCAGUGAUCGAGCGGCAGGCAUUGCAUGACCUGGAGCUCGACUCCGAGGACCUGGCAGAUCUGGUGGCCGACCAAGUUAGGAAGCUUGGGGCACACAGUCGCACGAAGAAGGCGGUCCAGAUCUUCGGUCAAGUUGGUCACGCGACCGAGAUCACUCAACUGCUUCUGGAUGCCACGGCUAUUAAUCUUGAAUUGCGACGGCCGGUUUCGAGGACGAUGGCGAGUUUGUUGGCACAAACUGUCCUGUCUGCGGCCGAAAGUGCCGUUUCCACCAUCUUAGAGAGCCUUCUGGGGCUACUCAGUUGGACGGCUCGAUCGUUUUCCGCCAACAAGGUCAUCCUAGCUGCACUGAUGCUCAGCAUGGUAUACAACAGCUGGCACACAUACCGCGACUCUCUUGACUGGUGGCAUGAGCGCCGGGCCGCAACGUUCAUGACACGUCUAGGGGUGUCGCCAAAUGCCGUCAUGGGCAAAGCAGUCUAUACGAGUGACCUAGAUCAGAUUCUGCACCGCGAUGCCCACCUGCCUCUUCGCGAUUCGAGCCCAUGUUACAGCGUCUUCUACGACGAGCAUGAUCCCGACAACAUCGAUGUGACGGCGAAGGCUGGCCCUGGCAAGAUUCUGGGUCCAACCCAGGUCCAACGCAGCCGUCAACGGCUAGGGAUGUACAGGCACGAUUUGGUUGUGGCGGUGCGCGUGGUCAAUGUCAUCGAAAAGGAAUUGAUGCAAGCGGCAUGGGAGCAGUGGGUAAAGGACGAGGAUCGCAGGUGUCAUGUUGUCGAGGGGCUGGUGCUGGAUGGUUCGGGACCAAGCUCAAGCUCAGGCUCGGGUUCAGGACAGACGUUUGAGUCUAACUCGACGGAUACGGCUCCGGAUUUGAGGACGUGGUAUGACGAGUACUGCAGCAGCUGUCGUGAUGAAUAUACGAAGAUACAUGGGUGA